AUGGUCGCCAGCGACACGGCCGCGGCUGGCCAGCCACAGCGCGCAGAAGCACAGGUGGCGACAGCUGGCGCAGCUGCUGCCGACCCGGGCCCAGCAGUGGGCUCUGCUGGCAGCGAUGAUGAGCCAGAGAUGCAGCAGGGCCCGUACUUUCUACACCGCCGGAAUGCUCUGCUGCUCACAAGGAGGUGGCAGCGGACGACGCGAUCUGCUGCGGCGGCGUACAGCGCCGGGCAGCACGCGGCCGCGCGCCAGCUGGCAGCUCAGGCGCAGGGGUUGCGGCGGCAGGCGCUGGCGGCGCAUGCCGAGGCAGCGGAGCGGAUAGAGACCGACAACAACCGGCACAACAGCCUGUUUGAGCUGGACCUGCACGGACUCCACGCUCAAGAGGCCACCGCUGCGCUGGACCGCCGCCUCGCCCUGCUGCACGGCCUGCUUGCCGAGCCCGCCACAGCAGCAGCAGCCGCGGCCGGCGCCCCCGCCAGCAGGCCGCGUGCAGGCCUGCAGCUGCGGGUGGUGGUGGGGCGUGGCGCGCACUCCAGCGCUGGUGAGGCCAGAGUGCCGCGAGUCGUGGAGAACCACCUGAAGGCGGCGGGCCACCGGUACCAGGCCCGGGUCGGGGCCAUCGACGUGCAGCUGCGGGCUCCUGCGGCGCUGAGCGCCCAGGGCUGGGCGCGUAGGGGGGGCCCUUGA